AUGGGGAAACACAACAGCAAGCUGGCUCCAGAGGUCUUGGAUGAUCUGACCAAGAACACCGAAUUCAAUGAGGCAGAGCUCAAGCAGUGGUACAAAGGCUUCCUCAAAGACUGUCCCUCUGGCAUUCUGAACCUGGAGGAGUUUCAGCAGCUCUAUGUCAAGUUUUUCCCAUAUGGGGAUGCUUCCAAGUUCGCUCAGCACGCUUUCCGGACAUUCGACAAGAACGGUGACGGGACCAUCGACUUCAGGGAGUUCAUCUGCGCCCUGUCCAUCACCUCCAGGGGCAGCUUUGAGCAGAAGCUCAACUGGGCUUUCAACAUGUAUGACCUGGAUGGAGAUGGAAAGAUCACACGUAUGGAGAUGCUGGAGAUCAUUGAGGCCAUCUACAAGAUGGUCGGCACAGUGAUCAUGAUGCGCAUGAACGAGGACGGGCUGACCCCUCAGCAGCGCGUGGACAAGAUCUUCUCCAAGAUGGACAAGGAUCACAACGAUGAGAUCACCUUGGAAGAGUUUAAGGAAGCCGCCAAGUCUGACCCCUCCAUCGUCCUACUGCUGCAGUGUGACAUGCAGAAGUAG